AUGAGAUCUAACAUUGUUUCUGAGGCAGGCCUGCCUACAAGAGUGGGACAGUGGUGGCAAGGCAUUCCAUUCCUUACAUCUUCAGUGGUGGUUGUUUGUGGGGUCAUAUACUUGGUUUGUCUUUUGGCGGGUUAUGACUCAUUUGUCGAAGUAUGCUUCUGGCCCUCAGCAGUUAUUUCACGAUUUCAAGUGUACAGGAUUUAUACUGCUAUUCUUUUUCAUGGUUCUCUAUUACAUGUUCUAUUUAAUAUGAUGGCUUUGGUUCCAUUGGGCUCUGAGCUGGAGAGAAUUAUGGGGUCUGUCCGCUCGUUGUACUUGAUUAUUCUACUGGCUACAAGCAAUGCCAUAUUUCAUCUUCUUAUUGCAUUGUUGGUAGCUCACAAUCCCUUGAACCAUGAUCAAUAUCUCAUGAAUGAGUGUGCAAUAGGCUUCUCAGGAAUCUUAUUUUCUAUGAUCGUGAUAGAGACAAGUCUAAGUGGAGUUCAAUCUAGAAGUGUGUUUGGACUGUUUAAUGUGCCUGCUAAAUGGUAUGCAUGGAUCUUACUGGUAGUGUUCCAGCUUCUUAUGACAAAUGUCUCACUACUUGGACACUUAUGUGGCAUUUUGUCUGGAUUUGCAUAUACUUACGGGUUAUUCAAUUUCCUAAUGCCCGGAACAUCUUUCUAUUCUGCCAUUGAAUCUUCCUCUUGGUUUUCCAGUUGUGUAAGGAGACCAAAAUUUAUUAUGUGUUCUGGUGGAAACCCUUCGGGCUACAUCCCUACAUAUUCAAGUCAAAAUACAACAUCCAGUGGAUUGCUUUCUGGAAAUAUAUGGAGGAAUCUUUCUUCCUGGGUGCCGCAAAGGGAAACAUCCGUUCAGUCAGGACAAGACAGUAACAGGUUUCCCGGGGCAGGAAGGACACUUGGUUCUGCUCGAAGUCAAACUGUUCCCGGCGUAAAUUCUGAUUCAAGUCUACAGGCUCGACUUUUGGAUAAUAGUGUCAGCCCCAACCAUCAAUCCAAUCCGGCACCAGCUGGGGGAGGACAGCAUAUAUCAAAUGGAAGGCAGGCAGUGGUAGAUAGUCCAGCUCCAGCCAUUGUAGUGCAAGGCAAUCAGGGCUCCAUUGCAUCUGAUGAAGAGAUCCAAAAACUCGUUGCAAUGGGUUUUGAAAGGACACAGGUGGAAAUUGCUGUGUCGGCCGCUGAUGGGGAUUUGAAUGUAGCAGUGGAAAUUCUUAUGAGCCAAGAGGCAUAA